UUAGUGUACUGAAUUUGAACUGUUUAACCAUAUAUACUCGUCUGAUUAUUUGCUUUCAAGGUCACGAUGCCGCACUCAACUCUCACUGAGUUUGACAAACACCAGGAUGGUGAUUUAUUUCAGCAGAAAAAACAUCUCUGGUCAAGUCUCCUUGAGGAGGUUACUCAUAAGGCUGCAGUAACAUUGUCUCCCUCUAAAACUCUCGUUGUUUUGGGUGAUGAUGAGUGUGGGAAAACUACUCUAAUAGCUCGACUGCAGGGCACAGAAGACCCUAAAAAAGGUUUUGGACUUGAAUAUACUCUUUUGGAUAUCAAGGAUGAAGACAGAGAUGAUCAAACGAAACUGAAUGUGUGGAUUUUGGACGGCAACACAAUUCACAGCCAUCUUUUAAAAUUUGCAAUCAAUGAAGAGUCGUUUGGAGAUUGCUUCAUAAUGAUAUGUGUGAGCAUGAUGGAACCAUGGAAUAUUAUUAGCAGUCUAAAUAAGUGGGUUGGUAUCCUGAAAGAACAUAUUGAUAAUCUCAAAGUUCCAAAUGAAAAGCUUCAGGAAUACAAGAAGAAUAUUUUGCGCCAGUUCUGUAAUUAUCUGGAACCUGAUGUACUAGUGAACAAUUCUCACGUCGCCCCCAUAUCUGUCAUCCCACCUGGUAAUAUUCAAUCUAAUGGACAACCUGUAAUCCCGAAAAAGUUAUCGGGAAUACACCCUGCAACAGCUGCUUUACUUUCGAGUACAUUAAACUCGUUGUCCGAGACUGAGUCCGUGCCACUAUCUGUAGUGGAUACUGAACCUGUGUCCAAUAUCGAAAAAGCAAACAUUUCUGGUGAAGCAAACACUGGUAAAAAUGCUUUAAGUAACAAUUUGGGGAUUCCGAUAGUUGUAGUGAUGACUAAGGCUGAUUCUAUGGGAACUCUGGAAAAAGAAAAUCAAUUCACUGAGGAACACUUUGACUUCAUUCAAAUGCACGUUCGACGUUUCUGUUUGUCCUAUGGAGCAGCACUGUUUUACGUGUCAGUGAAGGAGGAUAAGAACUGUGAUUUACUAAACCGUUAUCUACAAAGUCGUAUAUAUGGUUUUCCAUUCAACCAAACUGCGUAUGUUGUUGAAAGAGACUGCAUUUUCGUUCCAGCUGGAUGGGACAACCCUAAGAAAAUUGGAAUUCUUGAAGAAAACCUUACUCAAGUUCAACCACAUAGUCUCUAUUCUGACGUAGUUCCUCCACCACAGUCGAAAAAAGCAGCGGUUCGUGAGCCGGAGUUAUUCGCUCAAGAUGAUCAAUCAUUUCUUACUCGCCUCUCGGUCAGUAUGCAAAGAGAGAAUGCUCAAGCAAAUAUUUCAAAUAAUACAGUAUCUGGCAAUUCAGAUUCUGUCAUGGAUCAACUUGCAGCAGCAACCACCUUAAUGAAUUCAUCUUCUAAUGUUGGAAGUAGACCAGUUUCCGGAUCACCUCGUACACCUGGUUCUGCUAGUAGAUCAAAGCCUACUUCAGCUAUUGGUGGAGCUAGUGGAACAACAAGUGGAUCUGGACCGGGAGCUUCUGAAGGUGUAUUAGCCAAUUUUUUCAAUAGUUUGCUUAGUAAACGCACACCUGUUGUUGGUGGAGGGGGCAGUACUGGUACACCUGCGUCACUAAGCUCACAAGGCUCUCUAGAUAGGACACCGAUUUCUCAAAAAGAUAUUCAGUCUGAACUGGAAAGGUUGGCACGUAGCUCUCGUGAAGCACUGGACGUUGGAGAUAAUGGUACUGAGCAAUCAUUAAAUGAUGUUCGACAAAAAAAGCUGGAUGAAAUCAAAUCAAUAGACACCGCAUCACCUCAACCGAAUAAUACAAUACCUAGCACCGACGAGUGACCAAGUCAAGUUUGGUUAUGCAUUGAUUUUUACUAUUUCCUAAAUUGUGUUUUACGAUUACAGUCUACACUUCACAUUAUCUUCAUUACAACGAUGUUUAUGCUCUAAUAUAUCGCUUUAUUCAUUCCUUUUCUA